AUGGCCAAACCGGCCACAGUUGUGGCAACUGUUGUCUUGUGCCGGCCUGGGCUUGCCAGCGGCGCCGUCCUUGGCGCCUCCGCGGGCGUCACCUUCGGCACGUCCUUGUGCCCUGCCCAGGGGGCCUCUUCGCGCCUUACGCUGCUUGCCACGCUUGCGGCCGCCCGUCGAGGAGGAAGGCUCCCCCUUCUUCUUGUCACCAAGGCUGGGAUCCCACUGCUCCCGAGUGGCAUCGCCAAACUUCACCAUCUUCUGCAGCAGAGUGUUGAGACGGAGAGCAAAGUCAUCAACGUCCUCACCUGGCUUGAAGCCCAGGUGGUCGACGUUGCUGUCCUGGACUACCUCCCACAUGCGCCGCACCUGGAGCCUGACCUUCAUGAUCCCGGCCCACUCGACGUAGUUGGUUUUAGUGAGGGUAGGCCACCCAACACUGGAACCAACAUCCCUGACCACAGUCCGGACCUCGUAGAGGCCGCGGUCCUGGUCGUUGCAGCCGCCGUCGCGGUGCGCGCCUCCACCUGGAGCGCGGGCGUGCUCGGCUGCCCACUGCGCCGUCCGCUCCUGUGCCACUUUGGCGCGAUCUGCGUCGGCGCCGUCGUCCGCAGGCGCGGAGCUGCUGGAGCUGCCGGGACUGCCGCGGAGUGCCUUGGCAUCUGCCGUAGCCUCACGGGCUGCUUCUGCUGCUGCUGCUGCUUCUACCUCCGCCCUGGCUGCUUCUACCUCCGCUCUGGCUGCUGCCAGCUCCGCUGCAGCCAGCCUCGACACUCUUGCCGCCGCAGCAGCCGCUGCUACAGCCGCUCGCUCACGCUCCUCUGCCACGGCGCGCUCGGCCUCUUGCCGGCGCCGCAUGCUCGAGGUAGCCGUGUGCUGAGAGCGACCUGCAGACAUGGCUCGCUGCAGGGGGGCUGUUGCGUGAAGAGGAGGCUGAUGAAGACGAGCUGCUGCUCGACAGUCCGGAGGGAGGAAGGUAACCAGAGGCAGACGGAGCAGGUGCUGCUACCGACUUGGGCUGCUCACAGGAAAUGCUCAGGGUGCAGGUUAACGAGGCUCUGGUGCCACUUGUUAGACCUUUCAACCUGAGCAUUGAUAGUUGUGGAUGACACUAGGAGAGUUGGGACAAUUUUCGUUGGUUUAUUUCUCACACAAUGCCAUGCCAACCUGAGGGGUUGGGGAUACAUAUUUAUAGGCUGCUAGCCAGCCAAGGCAUAUGCUAAGAUGCUGCUAAGAUGCCAGUCUAAGAUGCUAGUUUAAGAUGCUAACUGACAGUCCUUGAUGGUCAAGAACAGAACUCUAUCCUAACAGUCAGUCCUUGAUGGUCCAAGACUUUAUCCUCCUAACUGCCACAAGGACCAUGUGCUGCAGCCCCACAAGGACCCUAGUACACAGACUUAUCCAUCAUGCCAUAGAUGUUUAUGAGCGUAAAUCCGUUAAUUACUUAACUUUUAAUCACAACUUGGUUGCAGUAGAGAUUUCCAGUUGGAUUCUCUUGUGAUUGAACCCACUUGUCUAUGGAUGCUUCAUGCGACAUUCUAACAUGCAAUUUUUCACCGUAAGAGUACUUUUUACCAAAUGAAAUAUAAUCAAACUACUGAAUCUUGGAUGGUAUUGCGUUUUUUGCAGGGUUGUGCGUUGGAUGUUUUGGCUGGUGUAGGGGUUAUUCUAUCUCACCAUUUCUGGUUGGACGUGGAGCACAUCUAGGAGGCAUCCAGAAUGUCUUGAUUAUGAAGAAGAAGAGGGCCUCUCGGUCUUUAACCCUGACUAUAAAAAUCCAUUGAUGGAAGGCGGGGAAGGCCGAGUUGAACAUCCGGCUCCCCUGGUCUAUCCAUCGAGAAGGUAGAGAGACGAUGUUUCCAUGUCACCUAGUAUAGCAGAUGGACGGGCGGAUAAAAACCAUGGAUUCCUGCUCCCCAGGUCACCAAAGGAUCAUAGUGAUGUCUUCUACCUCCUCCUAAGAUGUAUUAAUCUCAAUCUGAUGUUAGUUGUGGUCUUAUUCUUUUUUCUCUUCUCAUGAUGUUUGUUGUAAUGACUUACUUGAUGUAAGAUCCCUUUUCUACUGUAUAUAUUUCUUAUUUAGUUUAGUUCAUCAUUCAAAGAUGGUAUGUUAUUUUUGGUCCUUCACA